CGACAAUUGACACGUUAUGCAGCAUAUUUCCAAUCUUGUCGUGCCACCCUCAUCCCCUUGUAUAGUUUUCUAGGAUUUCAGACACCUUAACAGCCACUCAUUGUCCUCACUUCGCUUCUGUAGACUGUAACCGAGUCACACUCACAUCACAUGCAGCAUCGUCAACAAUAAAUUAAUACUUCUUUAAACAGAGCAAGUUAACUACACAUUUUCUUAGUACAAAUAUAUAACCGGUAAUUUCUUCCUUUCUUUGUGGUGCAACCAUGGCUAGUAACAACAAAGAGAACGAGAAGGAGAGAGACUUUGAGUUUAUGUUUAACGAGGAUGUCGAGGAAGAUGGUGAACAACAUGAUAUUGAAACUGUGAAGGUAGAGAGUGAAAAUAGCAGUGAUGAUGAUAAUGAUGAUGAGGGAAAUCAUACAGUUCAGCCUCAGUCUUUCACUUCCCAGCAAUGGCCUCAGAGCUACAAAGAGACUACAGAUUCUUACACAAUUGCUACAGCUCCGAAUUUCGGGUCAAUUCUACGAGGACCAAGUUUUAUUUAUUCAAGUUUUAGCAAUCGUUCGAAGAGUAGCUUAGACAUAGAUGGAAAGACUCCUUUUCUAUCAAGUCCAGAAGCCACUACUCAAUCAAUAUGGCGGAAGAAAGGUUCGAUGCAAAACCUUGUUGGAGAAAUGCCUAUUGGUUAUGGUUGCAGUUUAACUCAAACAAUUUUUAAUGCGAUUAAUGUGAUGGCUGGAGUUGGUCUUCUGUCUACACCUUAUACAGUGAAACAAGCUGGGUGGAUGAGCAUGGUGUUGAUGGUUCUUUUUGCAGCUGUUUGUUGCUAUACAGCAACUCUUAUGAGACACUGCUUUGAAAGCAGAGAAGGAAUUAGUAGCUACCCUGAUAUAGGAGAAGCUGCAUUUGGUAGAUAUGGCCGUAUUUUUGUAUCAAUCAUUUUGUACACUGAAUUAUAUUCAUAUUGUGUGGAAUUCAUCACCUUGGAAGGAGACAACCUCACUAGUCUGUUUCCUGGAACAUCCUUAGAUUUAGGUAGUCUUCAUUUAGAUUCCCCGCAUUUGUUUGGAGUUCUGACUGCACUUGUUAUUCUUCCUACUAUCUGGUUGAAGGAUCUCCGAAUAAUCUCGUAUCUAUCAGUUGGAGGGAUUGCAGCAACGUUAUUGAUUAUUAUCAGUGUGUUCUUUGUGGGGACAAGUGUUGGGUUCCAUCAUACUGGUCAGGUGGUGAAUUGGAAUGGCAUUCCAUUUGCUAUUGGUGUCUAUGGUUUUUGCUUUGCAGGACAUUCAGUUUUUCCAAAUAUAUACCAGUCUAUGGCUGAUAAAAAACAAUAUACCAAAGCAUUGAUAACAUGUUUUGUUUUGUGUAUUUUGAUAUAUGGAAGCGUUGCAGUCAUGGGAUUUCUAUCGUUUGGCGAUGGCACUUUGUCUCAGAUAACAUUGAAUAUGCCACCAGGUGCAUUUGCUUCCAAAGUUGCAUUGUGGACAACAGUUAUCAACCCACUCACUAAAUAUGCUUUAUUGAUGAAUCCACUGGCAAGGAGUCUAGAGGAAUUGCUACCUGAUAGAAUUUCAAGUACUUAUUGGUGUUUUAUUCUUCUUAGAACAGCACUUGUUAUAUCUACAGUUUGUGCUGCUUUUCUUAUUCCGUUUUUUGGACUUGUGAUGGCUUUGAUUGGUUCUCUCUUCAGUAUGCUUGUGUCAGUAAUAAUGCCGAGUUUAUGCUUUUUAAAAAUUGUGGGGAAGAAAGCUACAAAGACACAGGUUACAAUGAGCGUCAUAAUUGCUGCAUUGGGAAUCAUUUGUGGACUCCUUGGGACAUAUUCCUCAUUGUUGAAUAUUGCCAAUAGUUACUAAAUCAAUUAGUAUAGGAUGAUAGAGAGUUUCCGAUGACAAUUGGUAAAAAACACAGGGUGAACCCAUGUUGAAUUUAGGAUGUGUGCGUGUUGAGUUUUAAAAAUUACUCUUAAAACCGUAUAUUUGUAUUUUGACAUAGGACAAUAGAGUUGAAGAUUCAUCUUAUAUUUAAAUUAAACUUGAGAGUUUGAUAA